UGCAGUACAGCAGCUGCUGUCUCGGCCUGCGGCUGUGACAUUUAAUCAACGACCACCGGGAACUUCGCAUGACCGCAAUUAGACGUCACUCGAUAAAAUGAAAGUACCCAAGCAGGAGUUAAUGAGUGACAUUUUGAAGCGUCUGACGGGUGAAUCUGCCCUGCCGGCGUACAGCAACAUUGAGAAAUUCAAACGAGUCAACGACGGCUUCUAUGUAGUUGCUGAGGACUUUAACGAAAGUGUGAGGAAACGAGAACAAGUCAAUGCCAAGGAGCGGCUUCGGAUACGGAACCUUAACACCAUGUUCUCGCGCUUGAAGCGAAUGGUACCUCUGAUGCGACCAGACCGCAAGCCCAGUAAAGUAGACACUCUUAAAGCUGCAACAGAGUACAUUCGAUUACUACUUGCAGUUUUGCAAGACACGGACACUACUGAGGGCAGUGAGACAGACUUCCUGAAGAAUGCUAUUGCCUAUGGUCAGACUGAAGCCUUUGACAGUGAUCUUUGGAGAGUGGAUGAUUUUCUGAAUAUGUCGGAGGACCACACUGAAGAUGGCUUCACCUUACCCUCUGAAUCAGGAACAGAAGAUGGAGAUAUGACCAGACUGGUUUUACAACAUUGUGCGAUGCCGGCAUACCAGUUCAUCAUUCAAGUACUGCCUGACCAAUCUUCGGGGUCGUUACUAUGAAGACAAACAUUUUCAGGAAGGUGCUGUUUUAUCUUUUACUUUUGUAAGUUGAAUUGUUUGACAUUGGUAGUUACUAUACAAUUUAUUUGUUUUCUAGGCAACAUUUAAAAUGUACAUGAAUUCAUUUGACAGUGAGCCUAUGGGUCUAUAGAAUGUUUAGCACUUUCUGUACCAUGUGCAAGUUACUGUAAGUGGGUAAGAAAUUACUUUAAGCUUUUGUGGAUUAAGUUAAAUGAUUUUUCUUUACACGUUUACAUAAUUUCUAAUUUUCAAGUCAUUCAUUUCUGUGGUGUCCAGUUAUUUGAAAAAUGUAAAAAAUAAAAACAAACCAACAAUGGAAAAUUAUUUCACUUGAAAUAAAUUUUCAAAUUUUUAUUUUUCUUUCCCCCCAA